GUUGUGUCAUAUGAGGACUCUCCUGCUCUUGGCAGCGUAUAAUGAGAUCGUGAGGUCUCGUCGCGUGUCGCACUGAUUGCAACCUUUGUGAUGCUUGAAGGAUGCGCUCUCGAGCAUUAGCGUGGAUUCGAAUUUAACGGUACAACGUGAUGAACAUCGUUGAAACCUUAAGCCCAACAGAGAAGGGACAAAGCAGUUGCCAGAUCGAAUCCUUAACGCUCUAAUCAGCUUACGAUAAAAAAAAUAAUAAAAAUGAACAGAACGGACAGCACGGACGCUGGCAAGGGCUGGUACGAAUGCGUCUGCUGGUUGACGAGAUGCGGUGCGUUACGAGCGGAUCAUAAAGCUAACUGGCCACAGGCGACAGCGUUUGAUCUCGCUUAUACGUUGCGGGACGGUGUUCUGCUGUGUAAUCUGCUGAACAUCGUGGAUCCAGGAUGCAUAGACAUGAAGGACGUGAACCAGAAGCCGCAAAUGGCGCAGUUCCUCUGUCUGCGCAACAUCAAAGUGUUCUUGUCGGUGUGCUCGACCGUCUUCGGGCUCUCCGAUUCGGAGCUCUUUGAACCAUUUAUGCUGUUCGACCUGUCCAACUUCCAUCGCGUUCUCUGCACGCUCUCCACCUUGUCCAAUUGUCCGCGGCUCAGGCGAAAGGGUAUACCUGGUUUUUCUGUCGGUCAUGGGAAAUCGCAGGAGGACAUAUACAAAGAUCUGCAAAGCGCUGGCGCAGGCCGCGAGGAUGAAGGACGUCGUAAGAGGUUUAGGCGACGGGAGGGUGACGAGGCAGGCGGCGGCGGGGAUAAUGAGGACCCGGUCGCCGAGGAGGAUGGGUAUGGAGCUUUUUGCAGCCACGCGCAAAGCGAGGAGAUCUACCAGGACCUCUGUAGUUUGCACUUGCCACCUCCUCCGUCUGUUGCGCAGGGUGGCGGUAUUGCCGGUGGCGAGAAGAGGGAUUACGUGAUUCAGGAACUCGUAGAGACCGAACGGAACUAUACGGAGGUUCUCAGUAGCUUGCUCAGACAUUUUGCCCGACCGUUGUCAUCGCUAUUGCGACCCGAGGACUCCGCCCGCAUCUUCUUCGGCAUCAAGGAGCUCGCGGAGAUUCACGUGGGCUUCCAUAGCCAGCUGCGCAAAGCGCGGAACGGUGCCGCGCUCGCCCAGGUCUUUCUCGACUGGCGAGAGAAGUUCCUCAUCUACGGCGAUUACUGUGCGAACCUCACCCUCGCACAAAAUACUUUACAGGAAGCUUGUGCGCGUAAUGAAGUGGUCAAUCAGGAAGUUAUUAGAUGCCAACAAGAAGCUAACAACGGUAAAUUCAAACUACGUGAUAUAUUGUCCGUACCGAUGCAGCGAGUGCUCAAGUAUCAUUUAUUGUUGGAUAAAUUGGUCGAAGAGACACCUCGCGAAUGGGUCGAGGACUGUCGCGCGUUGACGAAAGCGAGAGAAGUGAUGGUCGACGUCGCUCAGUACAUAAACGAGGUGAAGCGCGACUCCGAUACACUGGACAUCAUUAAGGAUAUUCAGGCGUCCAUAGUCGAUUGGGAUGUGCCCGAGGACGCGCAACUGAAGGACUUCGGCCGGUUACUUCGCGACGGCGAGCUCAAGGUGAAAGCUCAUGGCGACCAGCGGAUAAAAGCCCGCUACGCGUUCGUCUUCGAACAGGUGGUGUUAAUCUGUAAAGCCGGUAGGGGAGACCAGUACUGUUACCGGGAGACUCUACGACUGGACGAUUACAGACUGGAGGAUCAUAUAGGUCGACGAACAUUGGGCAGGGACUCACGUUGGUCCUACCAAUGGCUACUUGUACAUAAGCAGGCGUACACGGCGUACACGCUAUACGCGCGGACAGAGGAGCAGAAGCAGGUAUGGAUAAAGGCGCUGCAAGACGCGAUGGACAACGUCAACCCCGCGGCCUGUCGCAAUACCAAUCACAGGUUCAAGCUGACGACGUUUGACGCUCCCCGAAGUUGUCAACGGUGCGGCAAGUUUCUCAAAGGCCGGAUAUUCCAGGGCUAUAAAUGCGAGAUAUGCCGCCUAGCUGUGCACAAGCAGUGCAUCGCGCACUCGGGUCGCUGCAUGCCGACGCCGCCGUUACCAUGCGAGCGUGCGCUCUCCGUUAAGUUAUGGUUCGUCGGGGAAAUGGGCAGGGACACAGCUUCCACCAAGUUGGAGUCUCGUGAGGAUGGCACGUACAUGUUGCGUAUUCGUCCAGCCGGACAAAUACGUCUCAAGCACGAAACCAAUUACGCACUCAGCAUCAAAGCGGCUGGAGCGGUGAAACACAUUCGAGUGUUCAAGCGAGACGUGGAUGGCGCGGAUCUAUACUAUCUCAGCGAGUCCCGCUUCUUCAAGAGCGUCGUCGAGCUCGUCGAGUACUAUGAACGCGCGUCGUUAUCGGAAAACUUCGAAAAGCUGGAUCAGCGUCUUUUAUGGCCGUACCGGUGCGUCCUAGCUACGGCGCUGUUCGACUUUCGCGGCAGUGAGCGCAACCAGUUGAGCUUACGACGUGGUUGUCGAGUCGUAAUACUGAGCAAGGAGGGUGAUGCCAAAGGAUGGUGGAAGGGUAAAAUAGAUAAUCAAGUAGGAUUUUUUCCAAAAGAGUAUGUCCAGGAAACAUAGAAUUAUUAAUGUCAAUAUACAAUAUAUAUUAGUACGUUGUUGCGCAUGAUUGUAUCAAACUUCAAAAGCCCUUUAUAUAAUUCUCCUCAAAUAUUUUUAAAUCGCGCUGCAAUUUAAGAACUUUCUGUUUUUAAUGAAAUUACGCAAAAAGCUUUUUUUAUCUUGAAUAAAUUGUAAUAACACGCAUUAUUUCUUCAGAAAUUAUCUGAUGAAAAAUCGAUAUGAAAUUGAUACGUCAUGCGCAACAAUCUAAUAUCUGUUAGCCUUACGGUGGCUGUUAAAUGAUAUAUCAUGGUAAUCAUCUGGUGCAAUCAUGAUGAUUCUGUUGAUGCAUACCUCAGUAGGAAAUGGACAACUGUACGGUGUUCCGCGUUUGUAUAAAAUAAGAAAAGAGAAUACGAUAGAUAAAUGUAUACAAUUCGCGUAAAAACUUCGCGUUACCGUUCUUUUAUGUUUCACGAGGUCUAAACGCGACCACACGCGUACACUGAUGUAGCAUACGCCUUGGCGCUACGCUUAAACAAAUAUAUAUAUAUAUAUAUAUAUAUAUAUAUAUAUAUAUUUAGCCACGUGUAUAGUGUGACUACAGAUACGACAACUAUUUUUUACUGCGAACGCGGCAUUCCUGUUUGUGAGGCGGCGAGAUCAUAAGGACUAAAGUUGUUUAACCGAGAAUGUGCAUUUAGAGAAAUAUACAUAUAGGUUGCAUAUGGUAGGAUGCCUCUGAAGAAGUGGGAAUUGCUUUUGUUUUCUUGAAGAAAUCUCGAAUCGAGUUCUUUCCAAGAAGAAUUACAAAAAAAAACGAACGAGACUACCAAAGAAUUUAAAAAAUAAGAUUUUUAUACGUUGAUACUAUAAUUACGGUGAUGAGAAAUUUUUCGUAAAAAAAAGAAGAUUACGUUAACGAUUCUCACUUUUGCAGACGUACUACUACAUGUACGUGGUAGACUAUACGUUGCUGACAACUUUCUUCUUUAUGAUUAGAUUUCAGAGUCAAUUGCCAGAUAUCAAUUGUACAUACCGUAAUCCCUUCAGUACAAUUAAUGGAUACUAGUUACAUUGAAAUUUUACGAACAAAUUCAUAUUACAGAUUAUAUACAGGAUGUUCGGUAAUUAAAGGACGGAGGAGAUCACUUCUCACUGUGGAACCAAAUUAUUAUAUAUCUAUAUUUGUUAUAAAUUAAACUUUCGUUGUUAAUUAUAGUUUGAAACAACUAUUAUCAGUUUUAUAUCUAGGCGCGUUGAAUUUUAUAACCUUCUAACGAUAACAAUGUGUUUUUCUAUUUGUUGAGUUGCAUAAUUUUUUUUAUGUAUUCAGAGAUGUUGAAUAAUUAUAUAUAAAAUUCUUGUUCCUCAAGAGUUGUUUGGAGCAACGCCGAGCUGAAAGCUCAUGAAAAGAAGCUGCCUAAAAGUCUUGGCUUAUCGCGAGCUCAAUUGUAGCGUUCCACUAACCCCCUAAUUAAACUAAUUAAAAUUGUUCAAGUGACAGUAACUUAGGUAUUAAGUUCCAGACAUUCGGAGAUAUUAAAUCUCUCACUAACGGCCUCUACAAUUCGCUCAGUAUAUCGUUGCUCCGAGCAGCGGAGAAUUGUUUAAUUACUUAUAAAAAAUUUAUUUGAGAAGAAAAAUUGAGAAUUAUUCUCCUUCCAUCGUAGUUAUACGCUACUAGUUAUCGAACAACUUCUAUAUGUAUACAUAUAUAGAUAGACAUAUAUAUAUAUAUAUAUACACAUAUUAUACAAAAAUAUAUUUAUCUCAUCUAUAUAUCAUAUAUUUUUUAUUUGUAAGAAAUUAAUUUUACUAUUUUUUUAAUUGUUAGAUAUAUUUUUCUGAGUGUGCCAAUAAGAUUCUAUCAAUAAAGGGCCUUAUCGAGAUG